AAUUUGUAGCAUAAUCAUAUGCGAUCAAAGCGAACGUAAAAUGAAGGCGGAGAGAACAGGCGAGACAAGUGAGGACGGACAACGGCGGAAUACAGCAGAGCAACCACCACCGUUAGUGGCUGAGGAGAGAAGGAAGAAGAGUCUAAGAGUCCUGGUAGCAGUUGACGAGAGCGAUGUCAGUUUAUACGCUCUAAAAUGGACUCUCGAACACCUCUUCAAGACUCCGGUCGCCGCUGCAGCUGUAACUCCUGACACCCUUGAAACAAUCCCGGAUCCCGAACAGGGGAUGGUCACCGUGGCUCAUGUCAUGGAACCUUUCGAGCGCUACACGUUCCCUGCUGAGCCAUCAAUGUAUACAUCCGUCGCUAUGGUAGAAUCUGUGAGAGCAGCACAACGGGAAACGGCUGCGGAACUCCUCUCUCGUGCAUUUCAAAUUUGCAAAGAAUCGAAGAUCAAAGCAGAAACCUUAAUUUUGGAAGGGAAUCCGAAAGAGAUGAUUUGUGAAGCUGUGGAAGAAAUGCAUUUUGAUAUUCUUGUUGUUGGUAGCCGUGGACUCGGCGCUAUCAAAAGAGCUUUGUUAGGGAGUCUAAGCGACUUCUGUGCACACCAUGCAAAUUGUCCGAUAUUGAUAGUGAAGCCUCCCCGUAAGUAGCUACGAAUACGAUCGAUUGUUUUAAGAGCUUGUUUUUUCUCCGCAACAGUAUCAGUAUAUUGUAUAGAAGCUUAAUUUUGAGAUGGUAGUUGUAUUAUAAGAAGUUUGAAGAUAUUCCUUGCACUAGUUUGUGUAAUUCGUGUUCAAUUAUAAUAUUCAUCGAUGAGUAUUAGCAUUUUAAUAAUAUCGUUAAUAUAAUAUU